AUGGCCGCGCGCGUCUGUCGCGCGGUGAGUCGCGCGAUCUCGGUCACCGUGAAGUCCGCGCGCUCCCGACACUCCCACACGCACGCACACCGCUCUGUCACCCGCAGCCUUGUCCAAUCAGCUGUGAGCCCUGAGUAUGGUGGCGGGGCCAGAGAUGGGGCAGGAGCAGUGCUGUGGUGCACUCUGGCGUUCUCUCUCUUCGGAAAAACUGAAGAAGAAAAACGCUAUGAAGCUAAGAAGAAAGAAGACGACAUGAUCCUGCUGCUGAAGAAGGCCAAGUUGUGUAUCCACAGAGAUCAGCUAAACUCCGCCUCCAGUUUCCUUCAUCAGGCUGUUGCUUUGGCCCAACAACUCCAGCAUCAGGAUGCCCUGGUGUACUGCUACAGCCUGAUGGCCAACCUCUCGUUUGUGCGCGGAAACCUGGACCAGGCGGAGAAACUCUUCAAAGCGUCUCUCAGUCUGAUUCUGUCUCGUGGAACUCCAGAAAGCGACAACGCGGUGGUGGAGAUCUCGUUGAAGCUGGCCAUGAUCUACAGCCAGCAGAAAAGGCUGGAGCUGGCAGCGCACGGCUUCAGAUUCUGUGUGGAGACCUUAGAGGAGAAACUGGAGAAGGAGAACCAGGAGAAGGAGGACCAGGAGACAACGCAGAUGGAACCCAGCAAUGAAAUAGAGGAGCAGCAGCGCCUCCUGCUGGACACACGCCUCCUCCUUGGCCUGGCCCUAGACUCCAGAGCCCGGUUCUGGACUCAGACCUCAGACCUGGACCGAGCAGAGAAGGACUAUAGGAGGAGCCUGAAGAUCAGCGGAGAGGAGCAGGGGGAGGAGCAUCCACAGACUUUGGUCCUCCUUAGUGACCUGGCCUCAGUGCUGGACCUCCAGGGGAGACAUGAUGAAGCUCUGGUCUUGGUUCGGAGAGCUGUGGACUUGGGUCGGACUCACAAACACCCGGAUCUUCACGUUCUGCUGUCCAACAUGGCGAGCAUCCUGAUGCACUCAGGAGCUCUGGAGGAGGCGCACAGGUGUUACAAGGAGGCGCUGGCGGAAGCAAAGAGACAAGAAGACACCGAGACUGUGGAGCAGGUCCAGGCGGGACUGGAGGAGCUGAAGAGGAAGAGAGAGGAGAGGAAGAGAGGAGCUGAAGAGAAGGAGAGAGGAGAGGAAGAGAGGAGCUGA